AUGUCUUCAGCAACACAAGAUAAUCCGAGCUUAAGACAAGCCAGUGGUAUUCACGAUGCCAAUGGCAUUAAGGUAUUUAUUGCAAACAUCCACGAUGCAGGAAAACCAAGGAGGCCAUGGGAAUCCGUGCAUUUUGACAAUGCGCUGAGGUCCCCAGAAUAUGAAAUCAAAGUAAAAGUUGGCACAGUGUCGGGGUUUGACGUAUUGGUUGAGAACCCUAAGUUUAAAAUCGUCAAAGGACGCGGCAGGACAUUGAGGAGCGGUCUUGGAGAUGCGCACACCCAUCUCUCCUGGAACUCUGGCGACAUCCCAGCCCUGACAGGCCUAGGUGUCAAGGAGCACACCUUAUUGACACCGCGAGCGGCUAAAAUUGCUAUUAGUAGCGGCUAUACCAUGUGCUUCGGGGCAGCUUCUGCACAAGAUCGGCUAGAUGUGGCGAUUAGAGAUGUUAUCAACGCUGGAAAGCUACCUGGACCCCGUUAUCUCGCCAACUGCAAGGAAAUCACUCAUCCCCAAGAUGCUGUGGGUCAGAAUGGUCUUGUAGUCGUCGCAAAUGGGCCUGAGGAGAUGCGUGCGGCAGUCAAUCGCCAUAUCGAUCUGGGCGCCGACCAGGUCAAGAUGACCAUGUUAGGGGAGGAGAUCUGUGAGCCGUUAUCUUCGGGAAAAAAAUGCUACUUCGAUGAUGAAGAAAUAGCGUAUAGUGUAGAUGUCGUCUUCUACGCUAGUUGGACCGAUAACUAG